GACUCGAUACCUAGUUCUGAUGCUGCCAUUCUAAAAUAAAUAUCUUGCCCAUUUUCAGUGAAAUUUCUUACAUCAAUCAGCUCACUAAACCACAGCAGGCACCCAAUUCCUCCGUCCCUGGUAUCCAAGUUUCCAAAAGCUGUGCGGGAGCAGUUCUUCAUGCACAACAUCUCACAUUCCUUGAGUUCCAUACUUCUGUUAAACCCAGAUACAUCAUUGCAGAAGAUCCAUCAUUUGCAGUCUGUUUUGUUCACUCUUAAGGUACGGCUUCUGUGGGCUGCAUCAAGAAAGUACAACUUCAAUCUUCAUGUUUUAGAGUCUAAAGCACAAGAUGCCAAGGAUAGAUUCGAAACAGUUGCCUCUCAGGCCCAAAAGAUGGCUGACAUUGUUACAGAACAAUGGAUUCAAAUUCAGCGGCUUGAGCAGGCUCUUCAUAUUACACAAAUGAGGAAUAUGAGGGUUCAAAGACAAUUAACAAGAUGCACUUUCUUGAAGUUCAUAAACAACCUUUCUAAUGACCCUCUACUGAAGAUGCUUGGGCCUAACUUCAGAUCCUUUUUCUCUCGAGCUUUUCAUCAGUCCAAGAGAGUCUUUGCAGAAUUUAAAAGGUCUCACCAUGAGUUACAACAUUUCAUCAUAGAGAAACUGAAAAAGAAUGAAUUCACAGCGGCUCUUGCAAAUGAGGAAUUAGUUUUCUUUAUGGUAUAUUUGAUAGCAACUGUUACCAUGUUGGCCUAA